AUUUAAUUAAAUAAAUGUAUUUUUUUAUGAAACGUUACAAAAAUCCUUUUGAAGCAGCAAUUGAGGAGGAGGAGGAGGAGGAGGAGGAGCGAGAUGAAUCUCCUCCAGAAUCACCUGUUUCCGACAGUGGCAGAGGCGUAGAUGGCAGUGAAGAAGAUGUUGGCCAUCUCCGUCAGGUGAAGAAACUUAAAACCUCUGACAAUAUGGAAGUUGAUCUCACCCAAAUCCCAACUGUUGAAGCUAGUGAUCGUGAGAAGAAGGUAGCCAAGAUGCAUGCCGUUAUAUCGCAAUUCACAGAGGAUCAAAUGAGCAGAUAUGAAUGUUUCAGGAGAUCUACUCUUCAUAAAUCAAACAUGAAGAAGCUAUUAGAGAGUAUAACAGGGAUUAAGAAUAUGAACAACGACGACCCUAGGCUUUCGGUUAUUAGUGGUAUAGCAAAAAUGUUUGUUGGUGAGCUCGUGGAAACAGCUCGACUAAUUAUGGUAAAAAGGAACGAAGCAGGACACAUCAGGCCUUGCCAUAUCCGAGAGUCCUACCGCAGGCUCAAGCUCCAAGGGAAAGUGAUACAAAGGACAGUUCCCCGCCUUUUCCGCUAAGUCAGAGAGUGACUCUGAGAAAGACAAAUCACUAUAUCUUAAAAGCCAAACCCAUAACAUAAGAAUUGUUUUGUUUUCUGUUUUGCUUUAUAAAUGUGCUGGUACUAUUCGGAUAAAAAAAAGACAAAUAGACCGGUAAGGGAAUGAAAACAUAGUUCACAAAUCACAACCCAAGAAAACAGACAUAAAUAAAAGUCUUUGCGUUAAAGUCGUGAAUGAUUUAUGCACAUGUACCAAAACCUGACUAAGCCUCAAUUCACAUGCUCAAAAUCUCACUAUCAAGUUUUUUAGCUUUUUGUGUUUCUAUGUACCAAUCAUGUUUCUUUUCAUGAUUCAGAUUGACAGUUGUCUCCUAAAUACCAUUUACUGUAAUGAUCCCGAGCCAAAUGAAGUCAUAAAGAACAAGCCUGGUUCUCGUGGGAGGAGAAUCAUCACUU